CUGGCCAAAAGGCUAGAGGGGCUUGGCUAUUUGCUUCUAAAAGGUCACAGCAUUGAAAACUCUACAGAGCAGUUCUGCUCAGCACACACAUGGAGUUGUCAUGUGUCAGAACUGAAUUGACAGCAAGUAACAGCAAGGUGGAAAGGGGUGAGGGAAAUGGUAAGGUAAUCACUGAAAGUAGUUCCUGUGGAUCCCAACUUUUGUAGAGUUGUUCUGUGAACUCUUAUAGGUAGUUUACAUUAAGCAUUGUUUCUUAAAGUAUACAUACCGUUUGUUAUUAAUGAGAUUUUUAAGUGUUAUUUGUUAUCUUCAUUCACUGACUGGGCAAAUUUUAUGUGCCUUGGUAAAUAGGAAAACCCUGGUGGUGUAGUGGUUAAGAGCUACUGCUGCUAAUCAAAAGGCCGGCAGUUCGAAUCCACCAGGCACUCCUUGGAAACUCUAUGGGACAGCUCUACUCUGUCCCAUAGGGUCACUCUGAGUCGGAAUCAGCUAGAGGGCAGUGGACUUGGUAAAUAGAACAAGUACCUCAAAUGCUAAAAAGAAGAUGGCUAGUGAAAACUUUGAAGUUGUGCUUUAAAUUACUGUAGGUUCUCAUUACGCUAUAUAACAACUGCAGUGAGAACGAUAUGGUAUAAAGAAUUAUAGCAGCAAAAUAAUCAUGUUUAUACAAGUUUCUUCAAUAUGGUAAGCUUUUACGUCAAUAUAAAUUUUGUGUGUUUUAAAACUUAGAGAUCUUUUUUCCGAAGUUUGAACUCAAGGCAAAUUUUAAGCCUUAGUUUAAACAUCUAGGUGAUGAACAAACAGUUGGACCUUUUUGUUUUUAAUUGGCUCUUCUCUGUCUACUUUCUGUGUAUUACCAUCACCCCCAUCCCAUUUUUUUCUUUUUUCUAUAGAUCUUGGAAGAUCCAAGUCUGUUUGCCUUUUAGAAAAACAAAAUUAAGACAAAAGAGAGCUUCACAUUGGUCUAACCUAUCAAAUAGCCAAACAUUGUUUAAGAAAUAUAAUUAAUCAUCCGAAGCAGUAUUCUUAUGUCAGAUCUCUGUGUAAAUUUUGCACUCAAAAGGGAAGGCAGAUGGUGGUAGAAUCCAGCUUCCUAAUGUAAUACUUAAUAAAAGCUUUGUAGUGUGGGUUUGUGGUUUAUGAAUUAGAUAAGCUAAUUUUAUAAAGUUAGCAUAAUGGGAAAGUAUAAUGGCUUUUAGGCUCCUAAACUAUUUUAGGCAGUAGUGGUUGUUGGAAACCUUGGUGGUGUAGCCGUUGAGAAGUACAUCUGCUAACUAAAAGGUCAGCAGUUCGAAUUCACCAGGUGCUCCUUGGAAACUCUAUGGGGCAGGUCUACUCUAGGGUUGCUAUGAAUCAGAAUUGACUUGACGGCCACCAGUUUGGGUUUUUUGCUUUGUUUUGUUUUUAGUGGUUCUUAGUUUGCUAUUUUGUGAGUAUCUUUGAGUAGUGUUUUAUUUUAUUAACACUAUACUAGGAAAGAAGUUUUUCCUUCUAGCUAAUUGUGUAGCAGUGUUCUUAGAUCUCUGGGAGUUUUCUGUUUUUUAGUCUUUCAAGUAAAAUUCCAGAAAAGCCUCUUAUGCCCUUAAUUUUUCUUUUUUUGUUUUCUGAUUAUUAAAUAAAUAUAGUCUUAUUGUAGAAAAUAAAAAAAAUAAGAAGAGUACAAAAAAAGAAAACAAAAACUUAUUGCUGUCAAGCCCAUUCUGACUCAUAGCGACCCCAUAGGGUUUCCAAGGCUGUAAAUCUUCACAGAAGGAGACUGUAACAUCUUUCUACCGUGGAGCCGCUGCUGGUUUUGAACCACUGACCUUCUGGUUAGCAGUCAGUCGCUUUACCCACUGCGCCAGAGUAUAAUGCUCAGAAAAGUUUAUGCAUAAUCCCUGUACUAAUGGGAACAAGCCAUUGUUAACAUUAAGACAUACUUUCUUCUAGUCUUUUUGUAAUGAUUUUUUUCCAUAGAUGAAAUUACAUGGUACACAUAUGUAAAUCGUAUUCUCGUUUUCCACUUAUUAUAGCCAAAGCUUUUGCUUAUUAUAUAUAACUUCAUAAAACAUUUUUUUUGAAGAGGUUUUUUUUAUCUUUCAAUUUAAAAAUUGCUUGAAAGCAAUUUAAAUUAUUUUUAUUGUAAUUAUCAUCCUCCCUGUGUACUCCAGUGGGCUAUGCAUAUAAAAACAGAUUUUUUUUUUAAAUGGUACUUUAGAUGAACGUUUACAGAACAAACUAGCUUCUCAUUAAACAGUAUACAUAUUGUUUUAUGACAUUGGUUUACAACCCCACAACACAUCAACAUUCUCCCAUCUCAACCUUGGGUUCCCUGUUACCAGCUUUCCUGUCCCUUCUUGCCUUCUAGUCCUUGCCCCUGGGAUGGUGUGCAGUGCCCCUUUAGUCUUGUUUCGUUUUAUGGGCCUGCCUGAUCUUGGGUUGAAGGGUGAACCUCGGGAGUGACUUCGUUACUGAGCUAAAAGGAUGUCCAGGGGCCAUACUCUCAGGGUUUCUCCAGUCUCUUUCAGACCAGUAAGUCUGGUCUUUUUUUGUGAGUUAGAAUUUUGUUCUAUAUUUGUCUCCUGCUCUGUCCAGGACCCUCUGUUGUAAUCCCUGUUAGAGCAGUCAGUGGUGGUAGCCAGGCACAAUCUAGUUGUACUGAACUCAGUCUGGUGGAGGCCAUGGUUUAUAAAACAUUUUUAAUUGCUGCAUAGAGUUUUGCUUUGUGGAUGAAUCCUAUUUUGCUUAAUUAUUCCAUUGAAUAUUAAAUGGUAUUCAGUGAACAUUUUCGUGUAUAUAACUUUUUAAUUUUUAAUUUUUUAAAGGUGGAGGAAUUGGGGGUAAAUUCCUAGAAGGGAAAUUACUAAGUGAGAAAGUAUUAUUUUUACAUCAAAGUGUAAUGCAUUUUUUAUUGCCAAAUCUGUGUUGUUUAUUAUUGAAAAAUUAGAAAGUGUAGAUAAAGGAAAAGAAGAAAUGAAUCAUCUCUAAUAUCAACUCCCAGAGAUAACCACCAUUCAUUACUUUUAGACCUUUUCUGUGGCAGGUUACUGUGUUUUCUUCAGCACGACACUUGUAUUGAUUCGCUAAAGAGUGUGCAGAUUUGUGGUUCAUGGAACAUUAAAGAUAUUUCACAGAAAAAUGUAGAACAAAAUUCUAACUCACAAAAAAAGACCAGACUUACUGGCCUGACAGACUUACUGGCCUGGUACCCUUUUAGCUCAGUAAUGAAGUCACUCCUGAGGUUCACCCUUCAGCCGAAGAUUAGAUAAUCCCAUAAGACAAAACAAGACUAAAAAGGCACAGCAGCCAAGAGGCAAGGACUAGAAGGCAGGAGGGGACAGGAAAGCUGGUAAUAGAGAACCCAAGGUUGAGAAGGGAGAGUGUUGACAUGUCAUGAGGUUGGUAACCAGUGUCACAAAACAAUAUGUAUACUGUUAAAUGAGGAGCUAGCUUGCUCUGUAAACCUUCAUCUAAAAUACAAUUAAGAUGAACAAAGGGUGGCUUUGGCGGGGGGGGGGGACAAAAAAGAUACUUCACAGAGGUUCUGAAAAUUACCUUAUUAAAAUGGCAGGUGUUGGACAACUUAUCCUUAAGAGAACCUGGAAUGCAAAACUAAAAUCAAGGACAUUCUAAAAACUGCUUUUGUGCGCUGAAAAGCUUUCCACACACGUUUUGGGGCUUUUAUAAUUAGUCAUAAUUCUUUAAAUACUACCUUAAGAUGUAAGAAUUUUUAAACCGUUCCAAAAUAGUUAAAGUAUCAAAAUAGCAUUUUUUAGCAAGAGUAGAAACAAGAGAAGGGCAUAAUUUCAUCCUGAUUGGAAGGUUUCUUGAUGAAGACAACUUAUCUUUUAAUACAUUUCCUAUGUUUGUUUGAAUUUUAUAUUUUGCAUUAAAAUUUGAAGACUUCUCUGUGUAGUCUGGGUAUUCAUCUUGUGCUGUGAAAUAUUUCAGAUUUCAUGAAGCAGCUGUACUCUCUGCAACAGAAGAACCUUACUUUUUACCUAAAAAGUUAAUCUCUAAUGUUAUAUCUAGGCCCAUGAGUGAUCUUUAUGUGUUAAAAUAAAAAUUAUAUUUGUCAUGAUAUAUACAUGCUUUAUUAGAAAUUGUUCUCUAGUUUCUGGACACCCCAGAGCAAUACUUUCUGGCCAGUUAUUCUGCCAAGUAUUGUUCAAAAUUAUCUUUUUUUUUUUUUUUGCAGACGGGGGUGGGGGCAAGGACAAACAUGCAAAAUAAGAGUUGUGGAAAUUUUAUAUUGUUAGAAAUUUUAAGCUUUAACUGACUUGAGUACAUUCUAAUUUUAAAUCUACUGGGAAAUUCUCUAGCAUCAGUCAAUUAAAACAUUUAUUUGGAAAUAACUGAAAUUGGACUUUCUUCUUGGAUUCACAUGACAACAUUUAAUUUAUGGCCCAUUGCUGAUUGUAGAUUCAUUUCCUUGGAGCCAAAUGGAUUCUAAAAGUUCAUUAAGAUACACUUCUUCCUUCUUCAGUGUGCCUCAUACGUCUCCUACAUUCCAUAUUCAUCUUUUUAAAAUAAAUUAUUUAUGUAAAAGUUUCUUUAUACAGAUUAUUUGUGAGAAAUGUUUUUCCAUUCUCCAAAGAGAAGCAACCCAUAUAUCCAGUUUGAGAAUUAUUAGAAUAAAAACAAUUGAAAUAAUUGAAAACGUCAUCAGAAAUUCAUCAUGUUAAAUAACAUUUAAAAAAAGAUAAGCAGUAUAAGAGAUGAAUCCUAGAUGAAGUAAACUGAAAAUCAAUGCUAAACCUUGUUUUAAGUUCUUUAAAAUGAGCACGGUACUUAUAUGUCCCCUGUCAUGGAUUGAAUUGUGUCCCCCCAAAAAUGUGUGUCAACUUGGUUAGGCCAUGAUUCCCAGUAUUGUGUGAUUGUCCUCCAUUUUGUGAUUGUUAUUUUAUGUUGAGAGGAUUAGGGUGGGAUUGUAACACGAGCCUUACUCAGGUCACCUCUCUGAUCCAGUGUAAAGGGAAUUUCCCAGGGGUGUGGCCUGCACCACAGGGAAAGCAAGCAGGGAGUUGGGGACCUCAUACCACCAAGAAAGCAGCACCAGGAGCAGAGGGUGUCCUUUGGACCUUGGGUCCGUGCACCUGAGAAACUCCUCGACCAUGGAAAGAUUGAGGACAAGGACCUUCCUCCAGAGCCGACAAGAGAGAGAAAGCCUUCCCCUGGAGCUGACACCCUGAAUUUGGACUUGUAACCUACUAGACUGUGAGAGAAUAAAUUUCUCUUUGUUUAAGCCAUCCGCUUGUGGUAUUUCUUUUAUAGCAGCACUAGAUAAUUAAGACACCCCCCAUUACAAAAGUCAUGCAUGUUCAUUGUAGACAUUUUUGAAAAGCCCAGAGAAAAAGUAAACAUUCUUAAUCUCACCAUCCAAACCCAGAUAACCACUGUUAAUAUUUUAGUUCAUAUCCUUCUAGUUAUUUACUUGUAUUUUUCAUAUAUGUAAUAAAAUUGAUAUCAUAUAUAUACCUAGUGUUUUAUAAUCUGUAUUUUUUAUUUAAUGUAUUAUUAACAUUUCCCCAUGUUUUCUAAAAAAACUAUCUAAAGCAUGGUUAAAUAGUAUUGUUGCAUAUAACUGUCCAUACUUUAAUCAGUUCCCAAUUAUUGAACAUUUAAGUUACUUCUCUCUCUCUCUAAUUUAACACUUCAUCAGAUAUUCCUAUACAUACAUCCUCACGCUUGUAUCUGAUUAUUUCUUCAGAGUAAUAACUUAGACAUGGAAUUCAUGGUCGGAGGGUAUGCAUGUUACUAAGUCUUUUGGUACAAGAUGCCUUGUUACUUUCCAGAAAAGGAGUACCCAUUAAUUUUCACCAGGAAGAAUGCACAUUUCCCAGCUUAAUAGGGGAAAAUAAUAUUUUUUGUUUUUUUAACUUGCAUUUCUUUGACUACUUUGAUUACAUAGUUUUAUAUAACCAUUUGUCUUUUGUGAGUUAUAUGUCGUUAGGCCUGUUUUUUAAAUUGUGUUGUCUUUUUUAUUGAUUUGAUUUUAAGAUAGAUUAUUUUUAAUCACUCCUUUUAUGGUCUUGAAAAUUCUCAGUAUGUUCAAUUUUUAUGGAUAUAAAAGCAUAAUGACAUUUACCUCUUCUCCAAUCUGUUUUCCAAAUUUAGAAAUUUGUCUUACCUACCAUUGUAAAAGUUACAUUAAGUCUUGAUGAGGAUUUGUUUUAUUUUUUAAAUCAUUUUGUUUCAAAAGCCAGUUUUAAAAAAAAAAUUUACUGUGCUUUAAGUGAAAGUUUACAAAUCAAGUCAGUCUCUUAUACAAAAAUUUAUAUACACCUUUCUAUAUCCUAAUUGCUCUCUCCCUAAUGAGACAGCACACUCCUCCCUCCACUCUCUCUUUUUGGUCCAUUCGGCCAGCUUCUGACCCCCUCUCCUCUUAUCGCCCCUCCGGACAGGAGACGCCAACAUAGUCUCAUGUGGCUACUUGAUUCAAGGAGCUCGUUCUUCACCAGUAUCAUUUUCUAUGCCAUUGUCCAGUCCAAUCCCCGUCUGAAGAGUUAAAAGCCAGUUUUUUAAUUGAAAAAAAAAAAAAUUAUUCUGAAAAAGAAGCUAGAGAACUACAUGUCAGUUUUGCUACUGACUAUUAUUGCUUUCAGAAAUCCUUUCAGUAACCAUGUAAAUCAAUUUUUAAUAAAAUGGUAUGUUCCCAUUCCAAUGUAUAAACUUGAAAAAUACAUCUUUUAAUUUCAAAGAGCUGAUUGUAUGGCAAGAUGAUACUACUUGGUGCUUCAGACAGUAUAAAAUUUACGUAUCAGUAGUAAAGUAGCAAUGAAACAAAUAUUAUCAGAGACAGCAAAUGCAAUGAAUGUUAAUCCUUUGACUUGUUAUUAGAAAACUAGCUCUUGUGUAAUUUCCUUAUAAAAUCCCCAAAAGCUACUUUUUUAUGUGCGGUUUCUUUAAAUUCCACACAUAAAAAGUUUUUAAUUCUUUAAACGGGUUUCUUGAGAAAUGAAUUUUUUUUCUAAAAUUAUCAAACAGAAUAACAUUAAAUUGCAUUUUGAAAACAAAAAAAUCCCUUUUAACAACACUAUUUUCAUUUCUGCUCUUAUAUUUAAUUCCUUGCCCGCCUUGCAAAUAUGUGUUUUACAUAGUUGUUAUUUACAUGUGUAUUUUUUUUACUUAACAUUGUUGGAAACAUUUUCUGUGUAUGGUCUUUUUUUCCCUAAAUUUUAUUUAUUUUGUUGAGAAUGUAUCUGGCAAAACAUACACCAGUUCAGCAGUUUCGACCUGUCCAGUGUAGUGACAUUGAUUACGUUCUUCAGUUGUGCAACCAUUCUCAUCCUCCUUUUCCGAGUUGUUCCUCCCACAUUAACAUAAACUCCCUGCCCCUUGAGGUUCCUAUCCAAUCUUUUGAGUUGCUGUUUAAUCCCAUAAGUGUAUACUCUUCUUGAUUAAUACUUAAAUCUUAUAAAACAAUACAACCAUUUUAAAGAGAAUUUGGAAAAUAAUUUGUAUAUAAAGUGUAUUUUAUGUAUAUAAAAAUAGUAUGUGUUUAUAUAAUAUAUAAAAUACAAUGUUACGUAUAUUUUGUAUCUGGGAUAAUGCAUACAUAAUUGGGAAUUAGGCAAAUAAUAAUUUAGAUGAACAACAACAAAAAAGCGUCCUGCAAUUUACAGAGUGCUUCGUUGGCUUUCCUGACUUGCUCGACUUUUUUUGCAGCCGUGAAGAUUUUAUUCCUUGGUACCGUAUUCAGAAUUAAGUAGGAGAAGGGAUACAGAGAGUGGCAAUAAAAAUAAUAGAUAAAUCUCAGCUGGAUACAGUGAACCUUGAGAAAAUCUACCGAGAAGUACAAAUAAUGAAAAUGCUAGACCACCCUCACAUAAUCAAACUUUAUCAGGUAAUGGAGACCAAAAAUAUGUUGUACCUUGUGACAGAAUAUGCCAAAAAUGGAGAAAUUUUUGGGUGACUUCAGUAGACUGAUGAUUUCAGUGGAGAUAACUUGCUAUUCCAAAACCUUUACAUAAAUGCUGCUUGUGAGUAAUUAUUGACUAUACCAAGGAGCCAUUGACAGCUCUUUAUGUAAGUAUGUAUCCCAUAUAACUUUAUAUAAUGAAGGUAAUGUACCCAGUGCUUCUAAGAUCUCAUUUAGAUGCCAGUUUCUUAGACUCUAUCAAAUUUAUUGAGUAUACACCAUGGAAGCAUACAGAAAUAAAAGGGAUAGUCCCUGCCUUAAAGAAAGAUGAGUCUAGUUUUGGGGCAAAAAAAAAAAACUUUGAAAAUAUUUUAGAUCUAAUCUAUCAACAGAUUCAAAGUAAUAUAGAACAAUGUCAUAAAAUCCUGAGUUAACACAGAAAACACUUAUAAAUUUAAAUCUUGUUGGAAACAGUAAGUCUAUGGGAAAUUGGUGGCUAGGGAACUAUGACCAACAUAAAUAAAUCACUUCUGACUUUUUAACACAUUUAUGGUCAAACCGGGGCACUUGUAUCGUGGCCCUGGGCAGGAGAGAGGAUGAACAACAGAAAUUGGUAGGGUAUCAAAAUCAAAUCUCCUCGUUUAUACUUUUGCCAAGAAUCCUGGUGAUAGGAUGAUAUGUCAUUAAUAUCAUCUGGGAACUCCCUUUGCCACGUCACUCCAAUUUUAAGCAAGUCACCAUGGAAAACAGGGAGCACUUAAAUGUAGACGAGAGUACCUUGAAAUUCAUGUAAAUGAGCAUCUAACUAAUGUAAGGUUGGGGAAGCAGAACCAACCAGAUUAAGAUGACCUUGUUUUGAAAAGUUUUAAAAUAGUUGCUAAUGAUUCUAAUAACAAUAAAUGGUGUUUAUAAAAUAAUUACCAUGUGCCAGAUACUCAACUAAUCAUGUUGUAUGCAUUGUCUCAUGUAAGCCUCCCAUGGGUGGGUGUAUUAUCAUUGUCAUUUUAUAGAUGAGGGAAAGAAGACUCAAAAAAGUAAAAUAAACCUGCCCAAGGUAACACAGUUAGUAAGUGAAAGAGGUAGGAUUCAAGCCCAGAGGAGUCUUUAUUAAAAAGUCUGUGCUCUUAACCAUUAUACUAGUGUUUCUCAAAGCAUGAUUUGUAGACCACAAACAUCAAAAUUUUAUUGAGUACCUGUUUAGAGGUUCCUAAGUUCCAUACCAGAUUUGCUGAAUCAGACUCCUUUAAUGUACAAUCCAGGACUCUGCAUUUUUAACAGGCUUCCCAAAACGAUUCUUAAGUACACUGAAGUGUGAGAACCACUGCGCUAUACUAUAUGGCUACUUAGUUUGAGUACAUAAAGACAAAUAAUAAGGCCUGAUAUGUAGGAGGGUGAAGAAUAUUUCUGGUAGUAAGAAUGAUACAAAAUAAAAUCAUGGAAGUGUGAAUAAGUUCCACAUGGGCUGGCAAUAUUUGUAAUAUUGAAAAACAUACAUUGCAAUACUUAGAGAACUUCGAAGUGUAAAUUAAAGAUUAGGACUGUACUUUGAAAGGAAGACAGUUCCCAGUAAGUUGAAGAGUUUGGUACUUACAUCAUCCCGCUUUGUUAACAACUUACUCACAUCUGCAUCAAUGCUGAAACAUUGUAUUUCCACUGUUUGUUUCCUUCAUCAAGGAAGUAUCCUUGCUUCGGAUAGUCUAUUUUAUUCAUUUUGGGGUCGUCAUCUCCUAGCUUAGUCCCUAGUAGAUACAGAUCCUUAGUAAAUGGCAAGUUAUCUCAUUUUUUUCUUUUAAAACUUUUGGAAGGCCCAAACUGGGCUGGAGUCCUUUCUAGCCCAAUUUGUAGCAGUUUGAGAACCUUGAGCAUCACCUUCCCAUCUAGAUCCAGAGAUCCAGGAGAAGUGUCAAGUUUAGCUUCCAUGAACCAACCACCAAAGUUUUAACCCAACCUUGAAUCCUGAGUCUUUCCAGAUGCCCCCAGAAGAAAAUUCCCAGGAAGACACAGCAGCUUCUCAUCCUGUAUCCUCAGAAAUACUGAUAGCUUCAGUAACUUGACCCUCAGGCCUGGUACCAACUACCCUUCCCCUCCACCAGAAGUGCUGCCCUAAAAGCAGGACAGAGAAGAGAAGAUCCAGCAAUAGAGAUUAUCUUGCUAAUCAUGGCCGGUUAAAUGAGUCUGAGGCCAGGCGUAAAUUCUGGCAGAUCCUGUCUGCUGUUGAUUAUUGUCAUGGUCGGAAGAUUGUGCACCGUGACCUGAAGGCUGAAAAUCUGCUGCUGGAUAACAACAUGAAUAUCAAAAUAGCAGAUUUCGGUUUUGGAAAUUUCUUUAAAAGUGGUGAACUGCUGGCAACAUGGUGUGGGAGCCCCCCUUAUGCAGCCCCAGAAGUCUUUGAAGGGCAGCAGUAUGAAGGACCACAGCUGGAUAUUUGGAGCAUGGGAGUUGUUCUUUAUGUCCUUGUCUGUGGAGCUCUGCCUUUUGAUGGACCGACUCUUCCAGUUUUGAGGCAGAGGGUUCUGGAAGGAAGAUUUCGGAUUCCGUAUUUCAUGUCAGAAGAUUGUGAGCACCUCAUUCGCAGGAUGUUGGUCCUAGACCCAUCCAAGCGGCUAACCAUAGCUCAAAUCAAGGAGCACAAAUGGAUGCUGGUAGAAGUUCCGGUACAGAGACCUGUUCUCUACCCACAAGGGCAAGAAAAUGAGCCAUCCAUUGGGGACUUUAAUGAGCAGGUUCUGCGACUGAUGCACAGCCUUGGAAUAGAUCAACAGAAAACCAUUGAGUCUUUACAGAACAAGAGCUAUAACCACUUUGCUGCCAUUUAUUACCUGUUGGUGGAGCGCCUGAAGUCACAUAGGAGCAGUUUUCCUGUGGAGCAGAGACUUGACGCCCGCCAGCGUCGGCCCAGCACCAUUGCUGAACAAACAGUUGCCAAGGCACAAACUGUGGGACUCCCAGUGACCAUACAUUCACCGAACAUGAGACUGAUGCGGUCUACCCUCCUCUCACAGGCGUCCAAUGUAGAGGCCUUUUCAUUCCCAGCCUCUGGCUGUCAGGCAGAGGCAGCGUUUAUGGAAGAAGAGUGUGUUGAUACUCCAAAGGUAAAUGGCUGCUUGCUUGACCCCGUGCCUCCCGUCCUGGUGAGGAAAGGAUGCCAGUCAUUGCCCAGCAACAUGAUGGAGACCUCCAUUGAUGAAGGGCUGGAGACAGAAGGAGAGGUCGAAGAAGACCCCAGCCACGCCUUCGAAGCCUUUCAGUCCACACGCAGUGGGCAGAGACGGCAUACUCUGUCAGAAGUAACCAAUCAGCUGGUUGUGAUGCCUGGCUCAGGGAAAAUUUUCUCCAUGAGUGACAACCCCUCACUUGACAGUGUGGACUCUGAGUAUGAUAUGGGGUCUGUUCAGAGGGACCUGAACUUUCUGGAGGACAACCCUUCCCUUAAGGACAUCAUGUUAGCCAAUCAGCGCUCACCCCACAUGACAUCUCCCUUCAUAAGCCUGAGACCUGCCAACCCAGCCAUGCAGGCACUGAGCUCCCAGAAACGAGAGGCCCACAACAGGUCACCAGUAAGCUUCCGAGAGGGCCGCCGGGCAUCAGAUACCUCCCUUACCCAAGGAAUUGUAGCGUUUAGACAACAUCUUCAGAAUCUGGCUAGAACCAAAGGAAUCCUAGAGUUGAACAAAGUGCAGUUGCUAUAUGAACAAAUAGGAUCCGAGGCCGACCCUAACUUGGCAUCAGCUGCUCCUCAGCUCCAAGACCUUGCUGGCAUCUGCCCUCAGGUGGGUGCCCUGGGCUCUUCACACAAUGGCUCUGAGGAAGUUUCUCAACAGCAGGAAGGUGUCUCUGGUCUCCCUGACAGCUUGCAUCCUCAGCUUGCCCGGCGGCAAAGCCUGGAAACCCAGUACCUGCAGCACAGACUCCAGAAGCCCAGCCUUCUGUCAAAGACCCAGAACACCUGUCCGCUUUAUUGUAAAGAGCCACCCCGGAGCCUUGAACAGCAGCUGCAGGAACACAGGCUCCAACAGAAACGACUCUUCCUCCAAAAGCAGUCUCAGCUGCAGGCGUAUUUUAACCAGAUGCAGAUAGCAGAGAGCUCCUACCCACAGCCCAGUCAGCAGCUACCCCUUCCCCACCAGGAGAGCCCCGCACCUCCACAGCCGCCGCCGCCGCCAUUCAGCUUGGCCCAGCCCCUGCGCCCUGUCCUGGAGCCUUCUCCUGAGCAGAUGCAAUACAACCCUUUCCUCAGGCAGUACCCGGAGAUGCAGCUGCAGCCCCUGCCCUCUGCGCCAGGCCCCCGUGCGCCGCCACCACAGCUGCAGCGGCCGCCACCGCCACCUCCCCCGCCCCCACCACAGCAGCCCAGGGCCGCCCCGCCGCCCUUACCGUUCUCGUAUCAGACUUGUGAGCUGCCAAGGGCCACUUCCCCUGAGCCAGACUACCCCACUCGUCAGUACGCCAUGGACGGAGCCCGGCCGAGUGGCGCAGCAGUGCCAGACUGCCCCGGAAGCUCAGGACUGCAGGAGACGCCCCCUGGCUACGGCCCUUUAGCCCUCUCUGAGCUACCUGGACUCUUUGAUUGUGAAAUGCUGGAGGCUGUGGACCCACAGCACAGCGGCUAUGUCCUGGUGAAUUAACCUCAGCCCGGGAGGCGAGGUGGGUCACGUGAAGGAAGAGUGUGUAUUUCUGUUUUUAUUCCAGCCUUUUAAAUUUAAAGCUUAUUUUCUUGCCCUGUCCCUAAUGGGGGAAGAUCAGGUUGCCCAGCUGGAAUCAGAGGGCCCGGCUGGGGUGGAAGUCAGCUUCUCCUGGCUCUGCCCCACCACAGAGUUUACUGUGGCAAGUGCUGGAACGUAGCUGUAGGCUGAAGGUCGUGCCCUUUGGUCAAGCGGAGCAAGCUUUCAAGGGAGGCGCCAACACAUAUUUUUAUAAGAAGAUACUCAGACCUAGGUUUUAUUCAGAAUUAUACCAGUUCUUAUCAAGGGAAAAACCAUGGUGAAAGCAGGAAAAACGUGUGCCAUUGCAUGUAUACGGGCAAAAAAAAAAAAAAAAAGGCAAUAUAUUUUUCACUGAAGCAGAGCAACAACAUGUAAGAAGCUUAAAGGCAAAUCAAGAAUGCAUAACGGAGUUUGAUGCACAAGAAAGGAAAAUUGUACCUUGUCAUUGAAUUGUACGUUCAAAGCUGCUGCUGCAAAUUGCUCCCAAGGCUGUCACAAAGCAGUAGGUCAUGAGCUUGCUUGGUUUCAGGGGCCAUGAAUGACAGUCGGUACUGACCCCUGAGAAUGGCAGUCGCCUCCCUGCGGGAGCAGGCGACACACCUCUUCAGAAAGUGCCCCGGGUUACAGGGUGUCCGUGUGUGUACUCAGAGCCCCAGAAAUGUCACCUGUGGAACCGGCAGGAGACCCACCGCAGCAGGGGCAAGAAACCAUGAAAAAGCACCAGCCCGGGGCCCGGGGAGACGGGCUCUUCCUGACCGGUCUCUUGUGGAGACUUCCGGUUUUGGAGCAGUUGGUCUCUAGAGGACCUGUUGUCUUUUAAAAUGUAAUAACUACUUUGACUUUACACUAUAUGUUGCUAGUAGUUUAUUGAGCUUUGUCUAUUUGGACAGUUUGAUAUGGGGCUUAGAAAUUUUACGGACAAGGAAAAUGAACUUUUAUCUCCCAUGUGAAGUGGUAGUACUGUGCCUUUUCCCCCCAGACCAUGCUUUAAUUUUCUUUUCUGUAGAAACCAACAGUUUUCCAUUUAUGUCAAUGCUAAAUCCAAAGUCCCUUCAGAGUUUGUUUUCCACCAUGUGGGAAUUAGCAUUCUUAAUUUCCCUAAAGUUUGGAUUUAUAAUGAAAUGUUAGAGUAUUACAGCAAUAUUCAAAGAACCACAGAUGUGUUAACCAGUUAAGCAGAUCAUCUGCCACACGUUUUAUUACUAGUAAAACUUAACCCUUAAGAUUUAUGAAAGUUUAUUAAAAAAAAAAAAAAAAUAGA